AUGGAAGUGUAUCACGCUGAUGACCUGGCUCCAGUUGCCGAGGCACAGGGUCCGUAUUGUCCAGCGCGACCUGUCUUCAUUCCCACUUCUUCUGAGAAGAGACGGGCUGAAGAUACGCCUAAUAAGUCAGGGAAACGACUUCGCCGUGCAGCCUCGGCUAUGGCAUUGGCCGAGGAGACAGUCGGUAACGAGCUUUACGACGACGGAAACGCGAAAUGCGAUAGCAGGAUCGUUCAGGACCACAAUGGAUGGUUCAUAUUCAAGUGCGAAGAACACAAUCUAGAAAUUCCGUAUAGAGCGGCCUCAGUGGCUAGUUCUCAUUUGGAGAUCCACGCCCACGAUGGGCCCUCGGCUGCUCUUUCGCCCAUCACCCAGGCCUUGGGCGUUGUACCCACAGAAUAUGACGAAGCAAAUGCCGAGCUGGACGACGUGGAGAGGGCACCGACUACUGGGUAUGAGGCGUUGAACUCCACUACGAAACACGACGCACUCGGAAGCAUGCAAGCUGGUGACUACGACACGAGUGAGACGAUUGGAAACGCUUGUCCAAAUGACUCCAGCUCUCCCACAGGCGUUCGCCACGCGUCCGUCACGGCAUCGCACACCACCUCUUAG